UAUGAUGGAUAUGGUCCACUUCAAAGUAAACUGACCAGUUCAAUACGUUCAUAUGGAGGCCUCCUUACGAGCCAUCAUGUCCCAAAUGGAUAUUAAUUAACAAUACACAGACAUAUUUCUUUAUAUAAACCAUGAAAAGAUGGUUGAAAGAAACAUAGAAACAAACAAGGAAACAAAGGGGAAAACCAAUCAGAAAGAAAUCAAACUGUUGAGAGGAGAACAAGAAAUGCAAUCACCUUGCCUUAAAGAAGCCUCACAGGUAUGCCUUCAUGGUUGCUGUCCAUCCCUUUUCCUCAAUCACUCUGGGCACCAGACUAGAGUUUCCAAGUCCAGAAGCACCUCGGCAGCGUGCAGGCGAAACUUUGCUGCGACGACCACAUCUUCAAUAUUCCCUGACACGGAAUUCACCAACCAUGAGUCCCUCCCAUCUUUGGAGGAAUCAUUCACAGAAUUUAACAAGGUGUACGCUCAAUAUUCUGAGACCUCCCAAGUUGAUCAAAAACGAGACAAAGAAUAUUAUCAUCUUUCCCUCUCCAACCACACCUGCCUUGACUAUCUUGGCAUUGGCCUCUUCUCCUACAGCCAGCUACAAGAACAUGACUCCUCGAAAGACGAAAUUGAUGCUUCUACUUCAUCCCUAUCACCUCCUCCAAAUUUUGAUAUUCCCUUCUUUAGCGUUUGCUACAAGACGGGGGAUCUGAAGACGCAGCUACUUCAUGGGGGUGGAGAGUCAGAACUGGAAUCUGCAAUGAAGAGAAGGAUCAUGAGUUUUUUUAAUAUUUCUGAAAACGAAUACAGUUUGGUUUUCACUGCCAACAGAACAUCAGCUUUUAAACUAUUAGCGGAAUCUUACCCAUUCCAGUCAAGCAGGAAACUUUUAACAGUUUACGAUUAUCAGAGCGAGGCUGUUGAAGCUAUGAUUACUAGCUCUGAGAAGAAAGGAGGCCAGGUAAUGUCAGCCGAGUUUUCAUGGCCAAGGCUAAGAAUCCAUUCAGCGAAGCUGAGGAAGAUGAUUGUAACCAAGAAAAAGAAGAAAAAAAGGGGACUUUUUGUCUUCCCACUUCAUUCUAGAAUCACUGGAGCCAGAUAUCCGUAUCUGUGGAUGACCGUGGCACAGGAAAACGGCUGGCACAUCUUAAUUGAUGCUUGUGCUUUGGGACCUAAGGACAUGGACAGCCUUGGCCUCUCCCUAUUCCGUCCAGACUUCCUCAUUUGUUCCUUCUACAAGAUAUUUGGGGAAUGCCCCUCUGGGUUUGGAUGUCUGUUUGUCAAGAAAUCUACAGUUCCAAAUUUGGAAGCUUCAACAAGUGUGGGGAUGGUAAGCCUCGUCCCUGCAAAAAAGCUAUUUUCACUGCUCGAAGAAUCAUACAGUACUGACACAGAACACGGAAUGGAAUCUAAAAUGGGGUUGGAGACGGAUGAUCUAGAUACAUCGAGCUCUUUUUCAGGUCCAAUAUCACUUCUAACAACAAAGUCAGGUAAAAUGGAGCACGGAGAAACCUCUGAGUUAAACACUACAGAAGUAACUGCAGAAAGUAAAGUGUCAGAGACUUCUGAAAUUGCCGAACCAGAGAAGCCCGCUGAAGCAAGCCAAAUUGGAAUUGCAAAAAAAAACAAAAAGACUAGAGUUGUGAUCCAAUGCAGGGGCUUGGAUCAGGUUGAUUCGUUGGGAUUAAUACAGAUCAGUAACCGGUUAAGGUGCCUUAUCAACUGGCUAGUGAACGCUUUGUUAAAGCUCAAGCAUCCUAACACAGGGGGAAUUUCCCUAGUCAGGAUAUAUGGACCAAAGAUAAAGUUUGAUCGGGGACCUGCAUUGGCAUUCAAUGUGUUUGAUUGGACGGGAGAAAAGGUUGAUGUUGCUCUUGUGCAGAAACUAGCUGACCGAAAUCAUAUAUCUCUCAGCUAUGGAUUUUUGCAUCACAUCUCGUUCUCGGAUAAAUACCAAGAAGAUAAGACAAGAGUCCUAGAGACAAGAUCAAAUGGAAGAAAGGGAAUGGCUAAAAGCAAACCGAAAGCGAAAGCUGACCUCGGAAUAACAGUUGUUACAGCUGCACUUGGGUUCCUGGCCAAUUUCGAAGACGCUUACAGGCUUUGGGCAUUUGUUGCUCAGUUCCUGGAUGCAGACUUUGUGGAGAAGGAGAAAUGGAGAUAUACAGCUCUUAACCAGCAAACCAUUGAGAUUUAGACAGUGUGAUUCGUAUGAUCUUUCAGAUAAUGAAGUUUAUUGUAAUGGAGCCUUGCACAGUCUGCUCAAAUCUUUGUAUCUAUAACGCACAAAUGAUCAAAAGAAAAGAGACGUAAACGAAAUUUAAUUAUAGAACAAUACAAAAUUCAUAAUCUUGCGGUCAA